CGAUGACAUCAUACAACCUUGGGUAGGUAUAGUACGCGGUACUCAGGCUGUCCACUGCAUCGCAUCCUCCGGCUCAGCUUCAGCCUUGUUCGAACAGUCUAAUACAACAAACACUUUAAGCCACGAUGAAACAACCAGCAACAGUACUGGGCUUUGUGAGAUCAGUAUCAGUCUCCAAGGGGGCAAAAGCAGGGCAAUUGGAAUCCUCGACGACCCGCCUGACCAUUUCCUAUCGCUAUCGCUACCAGCAUCAUCAUCAUCAUCAUCAACGACAACGACCAUUCAGCACAACCACUUCAUUUCAGCAGCAACAACAAACCCGCAACCGUAUCUUCGACCCAUUCCGCAACCCGCCCCAGUUCCACGACGCGCUCCGACUCUGCUCCGCCAACAACAGUCUGUUACUGGCUCUAUUCACGACAUCAGCAUGCACGCCCUGUCGGACCAUCACACCACUGCUCACGUCGCUUGUGGAGACCCGACCGGCCUCGCCGGAGGACAAGUUUUCCGGGUUGGCGUUUGCCGAAGUCGAGCUCGAUAGUCCGGACACGUCGAAUGGGAGCAUGAUGGAUUUGGGGAUCGAGUACGGCGUCACCAGUAUGCCGACUUUAAUGGGGUUUGGGGGACGCCAAGCCCAGCGCGUCACGGACCGUUUGGUCGAUACGAGGUUGAUGUCGAAUCCGACGGCUUUGGCGGCCUGGGUGGAUGAACAGAUGAGGAAGGGGGAUCCUUAUGCCACGGGUGGAAGUGGGAGUGGAGGUGGAGGUGGCAGUGGUGGGCUGUUGGGACGAAUCUUUGGUUGAUUUAGCCAAUGCAAUGGACUCCAUGGGACGAGAGGCAGUUCUGGUGGUGCUGAUGAUGCUGCUGCCAUGUGUUAUAAGGAGAAGGUGAAAUCAACAAGACUGCGGUAGGGUCCACCAUACAAGUUCUUGUUCGUACCUACACAGUGAGCGAAAUGUUUAAUUCCUACUAUGUAUUUAUUCAUCAUCUCCCCAUCCACCCAAUUCUCUAACGACAUCACCCACAUUCGGCCACCCUUGGGUCCCAUCCGGCCCACCAUCCAGCCUGGACCGUUGGACCAUUUCGCUCCCACAGAACUCGACGGCAUGCAUAACAGCGACUUUGACACCUCGGAGAACAUCCUUGAUGCGUCGCAUUCGGUCCGUUUCAUCAUUCGACCCCCGGGCGCCCAGCACUCUGCCCAGCCCCCUUACGUGCCAUAGCGCAGGACCUCGGAGACCCUGAGCUGUGAUGCAGGUAUAGGCGACGAGUUCGGUCUCCAGGGCACUCAAAACGCGGAAAUCGGAUAGAUAUAAACCGUAGACCACGGCGAGUUCGUGGAACCCCACUUCUGUCCGGUGCGGGCCGAAGGUGCGGAAUAUGGUGGGCCAGAGGGUGCCGUAGAUGGAGGUGAUUGUUUCGAUGCCACGGGCGUGAAGGGCAGGAAAGGAUAAUUGGGACCUAGAUAGAGGAGACUGUUUAGAUGGAUAGAAGGUUGGGUAUCCUGGAAGACGAUAAGAGUGUCAUACCACUGUUCUAAAUCCAA